AAGGUUCUCCAAGAGCCCAAGGCAGCUGAGAGCCUCCUCACAUAGCGAGCGAGCUCCUCUGCCCUCUGCCAGCUUCUCCUCCUCCUCCUCUCCAGUGCAGCAGCCGCAGCAGCGCCGCCGCUUCUCCGCUGACUGCUCAGUGCACUAGAUCUCUGAUCUCUCCCACCGAGCAGGAGGAUCGGAGAAGGGUCAUCGUAUCUUGUGAGGAGAAGAGAAGACAGAGAGAUCGAGAUGGCUUUCCUCAACAUGGAGCAGCAGACCUGGGCCUUCACCUUCGGUAUCCUAGGUAACAUAAUCUCGCUGAUGGUGUUUCUGUCACCGCUGCCGACGUUCUACCGCGUGUACCGCAAGAAGGCGACGGAGGGCUUCCAGUCGACGCCGUACGUGGUGACCCUCUUCAGCUGCAUGCUGUGGAUCUUCUACGCGCUGCUCAAGUCCGGGUCGGAGCUGCUGGUGACCAUCAACGGCGUCGGCUGCGUCAUCGAGACGGUGUACAUCGCCAUGUUCCUCGUGUACGCGCCCAGGCCCGCCCGGGUGCUCACGGCCAAGAUGCUGCUCGGCCUCAACGUCGGCGUCUUCGGCCUCGUCGCGCUCGUCACCAUGCUGCUCUCCAAGCACGGCAGCCUCCGCGUGCACGUGCUCGGGUGGAUCUGCGUCAGCGUCGCGCUCAGCGUCUUCGCCGCGCCGCUCAGCAUCAUGCGGCAGGUGAUCCGGACCAAGAGCGUCGAGUUCAUGCCCUUCUCGCUGUCCUUCUUCCUGGUGCUGAGCGCGGUGAUCUGGUUCGCGUACGGCGCGCUCAAGAAGGACGUGUUCGUGGCGUUCCCCAACGUGCUGGGCUUCGUCUUCGGCGUGGCGCAGAUGGCGCUGUACAUGGCGUACCGGAACAGGAAGCCCGCGGCCGCGGUGGUGAUGGUGGAGGAGGUGAAGCUGCCGGCCGAGCACGCCAAGGAGGUGGCCGCGGCGGCGGCGCCCGAGGGCAGGGCCAUCUGCGGCGCCGAGGUGCACCCCAUCGACAUCCUGCCGGCGGAGGAGCCCCCCGUGGAGGCCGUGGCGGUGGCGGCGGCACGCGACGGCCCGCAGCAGGUCGCGGUGGCCAUCGACGUGGUGGAGCCCAUCGUCACGUGCGCGGCGGCGGCGGCGGCCGGCGGCGGCGACGGCCACGUGGCGGCGGAGCUGGCGAUGAUGAAGCCUGACACGGCCAUUGCCGUGGAGGUGUAGUAGGUUAAGCCGCGGGGCGCAAAGGCAGGACAAGGAAAUCGAUCUCUAGCUAGUACCAGUCAUCAGUGAUCAGUAGUAAUUCUCAUGUGAAUCGAAGAAGACCGGGCGGGCGGGCGGGCCUGCUGCUAGUGCUACCCUCCGGUGGCAGUCCGCAUGCAUGCAGGCCCGUUGACCGGUGGAGGAGGAGGUGGAGAUAGCCGGGCCCGUAGGCGAGUAGCGCCUUGGCAGGCCUGUGCGAUGAGCCGGCGAGAGGCGUGUAAUCGAUUCGAUCGGCCUGCUGCCGCCUUUGUGUGUCCCAGUCUGAUUGUUUUGUUUCAUUUCCACCAUUCCAUGCCCACCGUCGCAGCUGCAAUAAACUCCAUCGGAAUGGACGUACCAUUUCA